AUGUUGGACAUCUUCCCAAAACGAGAACCUCCACCUAUUAGCCGCGAAGAUCUGCUGGAAGGUGUUUCUUUUGAUGAUGUUGACCGGAAAGCUACAGAGGUUCCUGAUGAUAAACUAGACACCUUUGAGAGUUUGGUUGAAUAUUUAACUAAAGAUAUCGAUGAACCAUUAUUGAAACUACGAGCAUUGUUUAUAUGGUUAGGGAAUCAGAACAUCUUAAAGACAGAUUAUGGUAAUGUUGAAUCUGAUACGCCAAAAGGAAUGUUGCAAGCAAUAAAAGAGGACUUUGAUUAUAAUCACAUCUUGGACAAACUGUGCAGGUUUGCCGAUAUUCCUUGUUCUUUAAUAGAAGGUCGCCAGCGGUUACUGCCCGAUGAUGGCGAUAAACUUGCAAACCAACCGAGCGCCUGGUGUGCUGUGUUUGUAAAAGGAUGGCGUUUUGUGGUACCUAAUAGAUGUUUUCUGGGUUUAUUUGGUGAUAAUACUGGGAAAAAUUGGCAAAAGGUAGAACAGGAUGGUUUAAGGACGCAAGAGAACGACCCAGUAUUAUCAGAGUACAGACAUAUUUUCGAAGAGUAUUUUUUCCUGAUGGACCCCUCAAGUAUGAUUUAUUUCUAUAGACCAAAUAAUGAUAAAUGGCAACUCCUGAAAACACCAAUAUCAGAAGCACUUUUCAUGUCACAACCUUGUGUUUUCCCUUCUUUCUUUGAAUCUGGACUUCAGUUAAGAAAGGGUCAACUAGCAGAAGUAAAAGCACAACAUGGUCAUGCUAAUAUAGUACUAAGAACCACUGAAGAAGAUUGGAGUGACCGUCUGCUGUAUACUCUUUACUUCCGUACAGGACAGGAAAAGGAGUUUCCGGCUACUAUAUCAGCGGAUAAAUAUGUCAUAUUAAGCAACCCAGAUCUGAAGGGUGAAAUAUCAAUUGAAGUUCGGUUUCCUGUCGAAGGUAUUUACCGACUUAAUUUUCAACUUCAAUCGAAAUUUCACCGUACCUUUUUAAAGUUCAUCUUAAAAUGUGAAGAUGCGAAAUUCAAAUGCAAACCACUCCCACUUACACCAGAAAUAGGCUGGGGACCUGGAAAAGAGGCCAAACAAAUCGGAAUCAAAGAUAUAUCCCAUACAGAUGGUAUCAUACACACCAAAGCUUCAGAAGAUCUGAAUAUUGAGUUUAAAGUCAAUCCAGGAACAACUAUUUCUACUAGAUAUCUUACGACUACAAAACCGGCCAAUGACCAGGAGAUGAAGAAAAGGGUUAAGACAAGAGUUCGAAAUGGCGAUGUGCAUAUUUGGGUUAAUCUAAUCGACGGGGAAGGUGUAAUAGAAAUCAGUGCUAAAAAGAAAGGUUCAAAUGAACCCACGCAAAAUGUCAUCAAUUACUUAGUAUCUACUGAAGAAACUCCAAAACGUCUCAAACUUAAAGAGGUAAAUACUGCUUGUUAA